GGCCUCGGAGGGGCUGGCCGCCCAGCUAUUUCUGGGAAGAAGAAACAUGGAAAGUGGUGCGGUUCUGCUGGAAUCCAAGUCCUCACCCUUUAACCUUCUGCGUGAGAUGCACCAGCUCCGCCUUCUGGGUCACCUGUGCGACGUGACUGUCAGCGUGGAGUACCAGGGUGUCCGUGAGGAAUUCAUGGCCCACAAGGCAGUGCUGGCUGCCACCAGCAAGUUUUUUAAGGAAGUGUUCCUUAACGAGAAGACUGUGGAUGGUGCCAGGACUAAUGUCUACUUAGACGAAGUGCAGGUUGCUGACUUUGCUUCUUUUCUUGAGUUUGUCUACACCGCAAAGGUGCAGGUGGAGGAAGACCGGGUGCCGCGAAUGCUGGAGAUGGCCGACAGGCUGAAGUGCUUGGACUUGUCCGAAACUUGCUUUCAGUUGAAGAAACAAAUGUUAGAGUCUGUACUUCUGGAGUUGCAGAAUUUCUCGGAGUCUCAGGAGGCAGAAGGGAGCGGUGGCUCCCUGGUCACUGCUGCCACCGUCCCCGACCCUCGGGAAGGGGUGGCUGUGGAUGGCCCUCUCGCCAACGGCCUGGCAGGCUCCCCAGAUCCCCCGAGCGAGAGGGUGAGCAGUGGCGUGCCGCCAGGCACGUGCCCGAGGAAACCCAAGGACAAGCCGGACAAGAGAAGAGAGGCCGCCAAGCCUCCCUACCCUAAGGUCAGGAGGGCGAGCGGGAGGCUGGCUGGGAGAAAGGUGUUUGUGGAAAUCCCUAAAAAGAAGUAUACCCGGAGGCUCCGCGAGCAGCAGAAGGGAGUGGAGGAGGCCGGGGAGGACCCCGGGUGCCCCCGAGACCCCAGCCCGGACACCGUGGCGACAGAGAAGGAGCUGGUGACCAAAGACGAGGACGGCAGUGCUGGGGCGGAGGCUGAGGGAGAGCUGCCGAGGGCGGGGCCCGGGGAGGAGGAAGAGGAGGAGGAGGAGGACGGGGCCGCGGUGGGGGCGAGGAGGAGCGGCUUCCAGUGCACCGUCUGCGAGAAGGCCUUCCUGUACGAGAAGAGCUUCCUGAAGCACGUGCGGCACCACCACGGCGUGGCCACCGAGGUGGUCCACCGCUGCGACACCUGCGGCCAGACCUUCGCCAACCGCUGCAACCUGCGGGGCCAUCAGCGCCACGUGCACAGCAGUGAGCGCCACUUCCCCUGCGAGCUGUGCGGGAAGAAGUUCAAGCGGAAGAAGGACGUGAAGCGGCACGUGGUGCAGGUGCACGAGGGCGGCGGCGAGCGGCACCAGUGCCAGCAGUGCGGGAAGGGCCUGAGCUCCAAGACAGCACUGCGGCUGCACGAGCGCACGCACACGGGCCACAAGCCCUACGGCUGCACCGAGUGCCAGGCCAGGUUCUCGCAGCCCUCGGCUCUGAAGACCCACAUGAGGAUUCACACAGGGGAGAAGCCUUUUGUCUGCGACGAGUGUGGCGCGAGAUUCACUCAGAACCACAUGCUGAUUUAUCACAAAAGGUGUCACACAGGUGAAAGACCUUUUAUGUGUGAGACGUGUGGCAAGAGUUUCGCUUCCAAGGAGUAUUUAAAACACCACAAUAGAAUCCAUACUGGGUCCAAACCCUUUAAAUGUGAAGUUUGUUUCAGGACUUUUGCGCAGCGGAACUCACUUUACCAACACAUUAAAGUCCAUACAGGGGAGCGUCCCUACUGCUGCGACCAGUGCGGGAAGCAGUUCACGCAGCUCAACGCCCUCCAGCGGCACCACCGCAUCCACACGGGGGAGAAGCCAUUCAUGUGCAACGCGUGCGGACGGACGUUCACCGACAAGUCCACGCUGCGGCGGCACACCUCGGUGCCGUGUUGCUGGUGAUGGUUGCCCUGAUCC